CGUGGAGACAAUCUGACUUCCGGUUUGACGACACAAGUAAUUUUAGAUGCCAACUUAGCAAAUGUGACUAUCGUUUCUUGUGAGGUUUUCAGAUUUUCUCAAAGCCAUGCUGUUGUUGAUAAUUGAUAAUAUCCGAGCAAAGUGAGUGAGGGUAUCAGGGAGCUUGACAGCGAUCAUGGGAGCCAAUAGCAGCAGUUUUAAUGAACUUUCUACAAAUGAAUAUUUGAAGCGACUGUCUUCCCCGGAGCCCAUAAACCCGAUAGAUCCUUACUGGAAUCAACUUCUCUCCUUCUCUUUUCUCAUUCCAAUCAACAGUUCAGAUGGAAAACUAUUGGAGGAGUCCACUUCUAGCAUUUGUAAAGGAGUGGCCAUCAACAACUGUAAGAGUGGAAAUUUUGGGGCCCUGAUCCGCAACUUCUUGGUGCGGGCCACGGAACUCAAAGCUUCUGUCCAAUGUGAGGACAACAUCUUUACCUGGCAGACCUACAAUGCGCUGUUCAUUAUCCGGUCGCUCAGUAAAUACUUUGUGGAACACCUGAGUGAGGAACUCAUCCUACAGCAGUUUGAAGCCAAGCCCAAGGAAAUGGGAGGCUACAAAGACCCGGAAGAAAUGGGUCCUUUACUGGAAGAGCUUAUGAAUUCUCUGGUGGAAAUGUUGGUGGAUGUUCCUGUCAUGAAUUUUACGUAUGCCCUCCACUUAGAGGCUCUCAACACUCUGUUGGUGUUGAUGUCGAUACAGAUGUUUCAGCCCCAGCCAGCUCACAAGUUCACAGUCUACCAAAUCAUGAUGCAGGGACGAUGUUCGAUUCAUGCUUGUGUCCUAGUGAAGGUUUUACUGAGGAACUUCUGUAACCAGGAGAAGUGUCCGCCAGAGUUGUACAGACAAUCCUCCGACAUGAACAGCAUGGUGGCCAGUGUCGCAGCUAGUCUUUGGUCUGUCAUGACGCUUGGUAUGGGCACUAAAACAGAGAAGAAAGAAGAGGAGUUCCAAGAGACUCUGUUAGCCAAUCAGAGCCUGCUGUUUCUUUUGGUGCUGACUAAUCAUUGCACCGGUGAGAGGGGAGUCAGCAACCCAUACAGAGAGGCCUUGUUCUCCUUUACAAAUAUCCAUGAGGAAUCAUCGGUUAGCCAGGUGGCUGCCACAUUCAAGAUGGACUACAACUUACUGUUCAGUGCCCUGUGUUCUACGCUGAGAGACGAUCAGACGACUCUCCUCCUGUAUCUGUUGAUUCACAGGAACAGUGGUGUCAAGGCGUUCAUAUUCUCCCGAACCAACAUUGAUCAGCUAGUGAUGCCCCUGUUGAAGAUUCUGUAUAAUGCCCAGGACAAGAACUCUCACCACAUCUACAUGGCUCUCAUCAUCCUACUCAUCCUCAGUGAAGAUGAUGUGUUCAACAAAGCAGUUCAUGAAAUUACACUAAAGAACAUACCCUGGUUCAAGGAGAGGCCUAUCUCCGAGAUCUCCCUUGGAGGGCUACUAAUUCUAGUCGUUAUACGUACUAUUCAGUAUAAUAUCACUCGAAUGAGGGACAAAUAUCUCCACACAAACUGUCUGGCAGCUCUGGCCAAUAUGUCUGCACAGUUCACAGGUCUCCAUCCUUAUGUGGCCCAGAGAAUGGUCAGUUUAUUUUCUCAACUGAGCAAAAAGCAUGCACGGGUUGUGGAUCAAAUCCGAGAGUCAGCGGUCACAGAAACGGAUAACGAGGAUCCGUCGGAACAAAACCUUAUGGCGGACCUGGCAGUGCUGGAGGAGGUGCUGAGGAUGGUGCUGGAGAUCCUCAACUCGUGCCUCGCCGCCUCACUCCACCACAACCCCCACCUCAUCUACUCCCUGCUCUACCAGAGGGAGCUGUUCAACUCCUUCAAAACACACCCCACGUUCCAGGACAUCCUACAGAAUAUAGACAUUGUUCUCUCUUUCUUCUCUGCCCGUGUUGAGGAGCACGGCAAGGGAAGUAACCUGUCCCCCUCGGAAGUCCUGGAGGUCAUUAAAGAGGGCUCUGUACAGUUCAGGAGGGACAAGCUUAAGAAAUUCCCGGACUUGAAGUUUAAGUACGUGGAGGAGGAAUCGCCGGAGGAGUUCUUCAUCCCGUACGUCUGGUCACUGGUCUACCACGCCUCCAACAUGUACUUCAACGCCUCGCGCAUCCUCCUGUUCUCCCUCUCAGCCUCCUGAGGAAGGCCAGGGCGAGGCGUGAUCUGAACUCAUCUGAACCUGAACACUCUGUCUGAACAUGAAAGGUGUUCAUGUUGUGAACAUGUGCUUGUAAUGAAAAUGGUCAUGAACUUGAGUGAACUAAAUGACUUUAGUACAUGUUUUAUUACAUGUAUAUGUUUCUUUUAAUGAAUGGAACAGAUCUGCAGUACAUGUAAACAUGUUAUUAACAUUCAUUUUAAUGAUUUAAACUGAACAAGUGCAUAAACAACAAGUGCAUAAACUAAGAUGUGUUUUCAUGGUGCAUCUUAAAGAGGAAAUGAAGCAGAAUGUGAUUUAACAGAUCAAUUUAUUUUACACAGAUCACCUACUCAGUUCAGUGAUUCAUUUUGAACUAACCAUGAGAAAGCAAGAACUGAACUGAACUGGUUAUUUCCUGAACCAAUGAAACUGAAUUGUGUUCUUGUUAAGUCUUAUGUUUAUGAAACUUUGUGUAAGGCAUCUACUAUAAACUAUGCACUAAAUAAUGUUAACACUGGAAGUUCAUUUGCACUGAAUGUUGCUUUGAAAUCUGUGCUUUGUUGAAACCUAAACCUGUUCACUAAAUGAGUUGCACCAAACUUGAAAAUUAAUACUGUUUAUAAAUAUUUGGUGUAGUAUGGUUGAAAAAUAUAUUUUACCAAAGGGAUGAUAUGUGAUAAAUCUUGUAAAAAGAAGCCUAAGUUUUGAACAUUUAUUUAGCAACCAGAGUUUAUGCUUGUUUCUGGUGCAUACACAAUGUUUUUUCCAUGCUAUGUUUUUCAUACAUACAUGUCUAUGUGUUGUAAUAUGCAAUCCUGAUAUAAAUAUUAAAAAUGUAAAGUUUCCUAAGAAUAUUAUUAGUUUUAUCUUCCAAAUUUUAUUUUCAUAGUAUGAGAUAAUGUUAGUUUAAUGAAAGCAAUCCGAUCUCCAGAGGACAAUGGUUUGGAUGUACAGUAGUCAGUCUGAAAUACACUGUAUAUUCACUGAACAUCUACAUUGUACCAUGUAAUGUAAAUAAACAUUAAGGUCAUCCUUGUCUGUAAUAAGAGUUGGGGCUGUGAUCAGAUAUUUUGUCCCUUCUACUUCUGUUUAUGAGUCGUCAGUUUUCAUACAGUAUGUUGUACAUGUGUUAUUAUAUUUAUUAUGCAUUUAUUACAAUAGUAUCAUACAGAACUUAUGUAUGUUGUCUAUGGAUUAUUAUUUCAUCCUGAUAUGUCUAUGAAAGGACUGAUAAAGCACUGACAUCUUGCAUUUAUUUACUGUAAUUUUUUUUUUAUUUCUGUAAUUAAUUUGAGACGCAAUGCAAUGUUAAUGGAGAGUUGGAUAUGUGUUGUUUAUAUAUAAAAGAAAUGUUUGGGCAUAGUAUGCGUUUACAAUUGAUUUGAUUUGGGGGGGGGGGGGGGGUAAUAUAGUUAGAUGUGCAGACCGUUUUGUGAUAUUUAUUUAAUGACAUGUUGCUUGAUUUGAUUCUAUUAAGAAAAUUAUAUGAAUGUUUUUGAAAUGUUGUUAAAAAAUCAUGGCAUAUCAUGGUAUAUGUGAUAUGGAGGCAAAUAAAUGAAAUGAACAGCUGGA